AUGGGCAAGAAGUCGAACAAGAAGCGGCAGAAGCAGCAAAGCAAUCAACGAGGCUACUCUACUAACAGUAAAAAUGCUAGUACAAGCAGUAACGCAACCACUAGUAAGAGUGCUGCCGCUGGACAUGCCCUCCAUGUUAAGAAAAAUAAGCCUGCAGUGUCUGGUGAAACUCAUCAAGAUUUGCAAAAGCUGUUGGAAAGUUUGUCCUUGCUAGAAGCAGACAAUGGCAAUGACAAUGGCAAUACUGCAUGUAGUACAUCUACUAGUGUGUAUGAAUAUGAUCCAGAUCGGUUCUGGAAGAAACUGGUUGGCCUUCACGCUACGUUGGACCACUGGGGGUUUUCUCUGGGUCAAAUGGAACGGGCCGUGGCGGCUCUGGGAUAUGGGGUGACUUUGGAAAGUGCCUUGGAUUGGCUUUGCUUGCAUUUGGAUACCCAAGAAUUGCCUCCUCUCUUUACAGAAGGAACUGUACGGUUGGAUCAGCAGCAGCAACAGCAGCAGCAAGCUAGUGCAAGCAGUGGCCCUUUGGCAGUGCACCUGGUCAAGCCUGUCAAGCUACCAGAACAUUCAGUUGAACAAGACACACUACCAAUCCAGCAGGAUCCAAACGAAUAUCUUCAAAGACGGGCAGCUGAAGCUCCAAAUCCCAACACAAAAGAUUCUAUAGAUUUGCAGGAGGAGCAAAAUGGCAAUGACAAGGCUUCUGAGGAGUCCAAGGCGUGGAUCCUGCAGCAGUACCAGUAUGAAGAGGAAGGCCAACAAGAUGAUCAAGAUCAUGCACCACCAUCCUCCUCCCAUUUGGCAACUGAAACUGAAACAACUUUGCGUGUACAAGAAACGCCACAACCACAUCAAAUUGUUACUAGUGGUACAGCAAUCGUGGAUCCACAAGAAAAAAGACUUGCAGAACUGCAAACACAACUACAGGAACAGGAGGCGGACCUUCACAAUGAUGCAAACAACUACAUGAGGAGUAAGCAAGAAAUCAAACAACUGCAAAACAGCACCAAGAAACUAAGACAGCAAGUGCAAAAAUUGAAAAAGAGGGUAGAACAGAAAAAGGCACAAGAGGAAGAAGAGGCUGCUGCAGCAGUUGCAGUCGUUGCACCAGCAAAACACGAACAGGAGACAGAGGAUCCACAACCACCACAACCACCAGGGGAUGACUACGGCGGAGGGUUGUUUGGAACCGACAAUGACGAAGAAGAAGAAGCAGGCAUGUUUGCUUCCUUUUUUGACCAAGUCUCUCCUCCCAGUGCCACUACAGAUACUACUACUACGAUCCAGCCAGGCAAAACAGCACCAACAACAAAAGACAAACCAGAACAAGAUCCACCAUCCAACAACCAAGAUCCGGUGGUCCCCCUAGAUUCGAUUCCCAAAGGAUGGACCGGAAAAACACCACAACAAAUUCUACAGGAUUGGUGCCAAAAGAACAAGAUUAAAAAAAGGCCACAAUUCUUCCAAUUACGAGGCCAGAAUGGGGCCAGGGUCCGGGUCGACACCCAACCAGAUCCCAUCAAAAUGGAAACCAACAAUGCCAUGCCGUCCUACAAGGACGCCCAACAGUACCUCGCGACCAAGGUACUCUACCAACUGGAACCAGAUCUACCACUCUAUCGAAUCAUGCCACCCUUUUACAGAGACCUCUGGAGAUCAUGGAUGGAUGCCGUAAAAGACGAACAAGAGUUGCAACAACGAGAAGUGGAUGACGCCUUGCGAGCCAAAAUACAACAAUUGGCCGAUGCCGCGCCAAAACCAAAGAAGAAGGUGCACCAGUCCAAGAACAAUAAGAACCACAACAAUAAUAAGAGAGAGACACAACAAUCGGACGACACAGAGGAUUUGGUGCGGGAUACAUGGGAGGAUGACGAUGACGACGACCAGCCAAUCCGUACUAAGGGUGUCGCAGUAUCCUGCAGUAGAUCGGACGGCAAGGAUGCAGGCAGCAACAGCAAUCAUUACGGCGUGGUUUCGCGGGCAGGAAAAGCCAUUCAGGACGAAUUUCUCAACCGGCAGCAGCAAUCUACCGUGUACCAAUCCAUGCUCGAGGCAAGAAAGGGACUUCCCAUGUAUUCCUUUCGCGAUCCAAUCUUGGAGGCCGUGGACCAGAACCCCGUCACGAUUCUGUGUGCAGAGACUGGGGCUGGUAAAACGACACAAUGUCCCCAAUUCAUCCUGGAAGAGGCUUUUGCCAAGGGAAUGGGUGACAAAGUGUCAGUGUUGUGCACACAGCCACGAAGGGUGGCAGCAACAUCGGUAGCCGAGCGUGUGUCGGAAGAAAUGGGAGAACCUGCCUUGGGGCAAACGGUAGGGUACCAAAUUCGUCUUGAAGCCAAACGAAGCUCCAAGACACGUCUGCUAUUUUGCACCACGGGGGUUGUCUUGCGUCGCCUUCAGGACGAUCCACUGCUGAAAGGGAUCUCUCACGUUUGUGUGGAUGAGGUGCACGAACGGCAAUACCAGGUGGAUUGUCUAUUGGUCAUGCUUCGCAAGCUCUUGAGAAAUGGACGGCCAGAUUUGAAAGUAAUACUGAUGUCCGCAACCUUGGAUGCAAAGUUGUUUGCAUCCUUCUUUGGGGGCGCACCCGUUCUGAACGUGCCAGGUCGAACCUUUCCAGUGUCAACAUUUCACAUGGAAGACAUGUUGGAUGCAACCAACCACAUUGUCGAGGAGGGAUCGCGGUACGCUUUGCGCGAGGAUCGCGGUCAUCGAGGCACUGCAUCGAUUGCAAUCACAACGAGGGGCGGUGAAAAGCGCAAGGAGAUGCACUCCUUGGACCAGGGCGGGGCACACAGUGGAGAUUUACCCGAAGAUUUUUAUCCAGGCUACAAAAUGUCGACAAGGAGGUCCAUGACCCGCGUGAAUGAAGAGAUCAUCAAUUAUGACUUGAUUGAGGACGUCCUGCAUUUGCUUCUCGUUCAACCCGAGCAAAAUGAUUACCUUUUGCCGCCCGAAGGAGCUGAUCUUUCCAAUGGUGCCGUGCUCGUGUUCCUUCCAGGUUUUGGAGAGAUUCGAGCGCUCACAGAGAGGUUGGCGGCUAGCUCAAGCUUUGGAAACAAACAACGAUUCGAUAUCAUACCAAUGCAUUCAACCCUUUCCCCUCAGGACCAACGAAGGGCUUUUUUGAAACCCCGAAAGGGCUGUCGAAAGCUGAUACUUGCGACAAACAUCGCAGAAACGAGCGUGACGAUUCCUGACGUUGUCUGCGUUAUUGAUGCCGGGAGGGUUCGAGAAGUGCGUGUGGACAAGAGAACUUCCACAAGCAGACUAGUAACCGACUGGUGCUCACAAGCAAGCGCAAAGCAGCGUGCUGGACGAGCUGGUCGUGUGCAGCCUGGCAUUUGUUUGAAAUUGUAUUCCUCGUGGACUGACACAGCUACAAUGAAAGAGAACGCCCAACCAGAGAUUCGACGAGUGCCCCUGGAGGACGUCUGUCUUAGCAUUCUGGCUGGAUCCUUUGCCUCCUCCUGCAUGGAGUUUCUUCAAGAAACGCCGCAACCUCCUGCGGAGGAAGCAGUUCGGUCUGCGCUGCGAAUUCUUUGUGAUGUUGGAGCAAUCAGUUUGAUUGCAGAUAAGACGAAGGGAAGGGAAUCCGAGCAGUUGACACCACUAGGGCGCCACCUUGCUCGUCUGCCCGUUGAUGUUCGCCUUGGCAAGAUUUUGCUUUAUGGAUCUCUGUUCAAGUGCAUCGAUCCUGUUCUGACUGCUGCUGCCAGCCUUUCUUGCAAGUCCCCGUUCUCUGCCUUUGUCAGUGAUGCACUUCAAGCCAAGGCAAAACACAAACAGUUUUGGGAUGAGAACUCUGACUUUCUCACACUCUGCAAUGUGUGGGAGGCAUACGAGAAAGCCUUGUCGGAGGGUGUGUCCAAGGCGCGAAGCUUCUGCUAUGAAAACUACUUGAGCUUUUCUGCCCUUCGUGAAAUCGCCGACACGCGAAGACACUUCAUGGAGCUUCUCAUGGGUAUUGGCUUUUUGGACCGCAAGAAGCUCGGCAAAGAAGCAGAUGGAGGCAACAAGAGAGCCUCAUUGUCUCAAUCAUUGCUGUCUAGUUCCUACAAUGCAAACACAGGCAACGUUGACGUUGUCCAUUCUGUCAUUUGUGCUGGUCUGUACCCCAAUGUCGGUUACUUGGCUCCAAAUCCCAGUGGGUCCGGUGAACGGCAGCUGUGGCAUCGAAACGAAAGGCUUUUCUUUCAUUCAGCGUCGGUGAAUGCCAAAUUGAAGACAACUCAUCGCUAUCCAACGUCUUGGAUUGCUUUCCAUGAAAAGUUUGGCACUCAGCAUCGAACCUCCGUUUCAACGACAUGUUUCAUCCACCCAUUUGCCAUGCUUUUGUUUGGAGGCACCGUGAUAGUCAAGCACACGGAACGAAAGGUCAUCAUUGACGACUGGAUCGAAGUGCCGAUGGCGGCGCAAUCUGGGGUCAUGUUCCGAGAGGUUCGAGCGCAAGUGGAGAAACUGUUGCAGAGUUUCCACAUGGAUCAUCACCGAACAAGCGGCAACGACAAACGACAACAAAUGGUGGAUGGAGUCAUUGGAUUGCUCUCCACCGAAACAGGCACGAUUCCCUAG